CGGAACCAGAAGCAGCAAGCAAACUCACACAAAGCACAACAAAGCCAGUGCAAAAGCAAGCAAAGCAAGGAAGCAAGGAAGCAGCGCCAGAAGCUGACGCGCAAAGCAAGCCGCUUCUCUUCAUUUUCCACCCCAUCAACGUUGGUCGGUUGCUGCUGCUGUUGCUGUUGGAAGACCGAACGAACAGGGCCAAGGCAGAUCACAACGCGCUGAGAAGACGCACGCGUGCUUCCAUCCAGACACACAGACAGACGAUGAAGUUCUCGUACAAGGCCACGGCCAUUGCGCUGCUGGCCCUGCUUGCUGUUGCAGCGGCUGCUGAUGACAGCGACGACGUUGGCACAGUGAUUGGCAUUGACCUCGGCACCACCUACUCCUGCGUUGGCGUGUUCAAGAACGGCCGCGUGGAGAUUAUCCCCAACGACCAGGGUAACCGCAUCACGCCGUCGUAUGUGGCGUUUACGGAGGAUGGCGAGCGCCUGAUUGGCGACGCCGCCAAGAACCAGCUCACGUCCAACCCGGAAAACACCGUUUUCGACGCCAAGCGCCUCAUCGGCCGCAACUGGGGCGACCAGACAGUGCAGCGCGACAAGAAGUUCUUCCCCUUCACCAUGGUCAACCGCAACGACAAGCCCUCCAUCCAGGUGACGACCAAGGACGGCAAGAAGGAGUUCCAGCCCGAGGAGAUUUCCGCCAUGGUCCUCUCCAAGAUGAGGGAGAUUGCCGAGGCCUACCUGGGCAAGAAGGUCACCCACGCCGUCGUCACCGUCCCCGCCUACUUCAACGACGCCCAGCGCCAGGCCACCAAGGACGCAGGCACCAUUGCCGGCCUCAACGUCAUGCGCAUCAUCAACGAGCCCACGGCUGCCGCCAUCGCCUACGGCCUGGACAAGAAGGAGGGCGAGAAGAACGUGCUCGUCUUCGAUCUCGGUGGCGGCACCUUCGACGUGACCCUGCUCACCAUCGACAACGGCGUCUUUGAGGUGCUUGCCACCAACGGUGACACCCACCUCGGUGGCGAGGACUUUGACCAGCGCGUCAUGGACUACUUUGUCAAGCUGUACAAGAAGAAGCACGGCAAGGACAUCCGCAAGGACCACCGCACCAUGCAGAAGCUGCGCCGCGAGGUUGAGAAGGCCAAGCGCGCCCUCAGCUCCCAGCACCAGACGCGCAUUGAGAUUGAGUCGUUCUUUGAGGGCGAGGACUUCUCCGAGACGCUCACCCGCGCCCGCUUUGAGGAGCUCAACAUGGACCUCUUCCGCUCCACGCUCAAGCCCGUGAAGAAGGUCAUGGAGGACGCCGACCUGAGCAAGGACGAGGUGGACGAGAUUGUGCUCGUCGGUGGCUCCACCCGCAUCCCCAAGAUCCAGCAGCUGGUCAAGGACUACUUCAACGGCAAGGAGCCCAGCCGCGGCAUCAACCCCGAUGAGGCUGUGGCCUACGGUGCAGCCGUGCAGGGCGGCGUGCUCAGCGGCGAGGAGGAGACGGGCGACCUCGUGCUCCUCGACGUCAACCCGCUCACCCUCGGCAUUGAGACAGUUGGCGGCGUCAUGACCAAGCUCAUUGAGCGCAACUCUGUCGUGCCCACCAAGAAGUCGCAGAUCUUCUCCACCGCCGCGGACAACCAGCCCACGGUGACCAUCCAGGUGUUUGAGGGCGAGCGCCCCAUGACCAAGGACAACCACCUGCUGGGCAAGUUUGACCUGAACAACAUCCCGCCCGCGCCGCGCGGCGUGCCCCAGAUUGAGGUGACGUUUGAGAUUGACGUCAACGGUAUCCUGCGCGUGUCUGCGGAGGACAAGGGCACGGGCUCCAAGGAGUCGAUUACCAUCACCAACGACAAGAACCGCCUCACCCCGGAGGACAUUGACCGCAUGAUCAAGGAGGCCGAGAAGUACGCGGAGGAGGACAAGCUGGUGAAGGAGCGCGUGGAGGCGCGCAACGAGCUGGAGAGCUACCUGUACGGCCUGAAGAACCAGCUGGGCGACGACGACAAGCUCGGCGGCAAGCUCAGCGAGGAGGACAAGGAGACGAUUGAGGAGGCCAUUGACGAGAAGAUCUCGUGGCUCUCGGAGAACGAGGACGCCGACGUGGACGACUUCAAGGCCGCGAAGAAGGAGGUGGAGGACAUUGCCACCCCAAUCAUCUCCCAGCUGUACCAGGGCGCCGAGGGCGCUGCAGAGGACGAGGGCGAGGAGCACGACGAGCUCUAAACGAACCCACCCACACCACGAACCGAAAACGCACCACACACACCACACACAACAUAUUCCUGCUUACCUUGCUGUUUUGUUUUCGUGCACUCCUCUCCUCCUUUCCUCCUCUCCCUCCUCAUCUUUCUCCUGUCCUUCCCCCUGCCUACCUCACCAGGUUAAAGCUGCAACUGUGUGUCUUCCUCUUUCAUGAUGAAUGCGGCGCUCCAAUGCGCGUUUGUACACCACAGAUGGAAAAAACAAAAAGUAAAACAUUGCUGUAAGACAA